GCAUUACCUCAGAACAAUAUUGGCGUGCGCGAUUCGUCUUGCAUAAUAUAUCUCUGAUUUUGUUGAAACCGCUCUUUUUCGUUCUGCUUUUUCUUAAGAUGUAAAUUUUAUGAGUAAGAAAAACUUUUAAUAAAAGAUCUAGUCUAAUAUAAUUAAAAAAAUUAACUGAUUUAAAGUUAAUGUAUUGAUCAAUAAUGUAUUUUUUAAAUCAUUUGAGGUUAUUUGCUAUAACUCUUCAUAUAAUGAUAGUGUAUUAUUUCAUUGGACACAUUGAGGAAAUAACUAAGAUUGUUUUGCCUCUCCGCUUAGUAGAAGAAAAUGGUAAAUUAACUGUUCGUCAUACUGAAGAUGAGCAGAUAUUAACGCAAAACAGAUUAUACAAAGCAUUUGUUCCUUGUGUUGUGUUUCUAGUCAUGGAACUAAUUUCAUUUUUUGCUGGAUUUUCUCUCUUUGUAAAAGCUCAGCAACAAUUGUCUUUAUUUUGUCACAUUGUUGGAAUAUUACUCUUAUAUGGUUUCAUUUACCAUGCAUAUGUCAAAAGUUUUCUUCUUCUUGUUGUUUUGAGCCCAGCAGUAUUGCCUUUUAUAUCAGAACUUGUUAUCAUCAUCAAACAUUAUUUCAUUAUGUUUUAAUUUUGAUUAAUGUCACAAUCAUAAUUUUUUACUUAUCAUGUUAUAACAUAUUUAAUUGCAUUCUUCGUGCAUUUUUAUCAUUGUAUAGUUUUCAUUAAGUUAUCAUAAAGAAACUUUUUUUUUUAUUCACAUUAAGUUUUAACCUAGUUUGACAAGUUAGCUGAACAUACUGCGCGAUAAAUGUAUUGAAGUAUAAAAAUUUCGUUUAUUAAAAAAAUUAUGUAUGUUUUUGUAUAAAUUGAAAAAGUAAUAUAAGAUUUCCAAAUUAUUCACUUUACCUACAGAUUUCUUAAAUUAAAAAUGUUUUUCAUCGAUUCUCAAUUAUUAUGCAUACACUAUAAUAUACAUUCACUGCACUGCAUCCCACAAUCAAAUUAAACAUACUUCAUUAAAAGCUCGAAACUCAUUGCCGGAUCUAAACUGACAAAGGUAAUACCAAAUUAUUGCAAGGUCCCGCAGUAGAUGGAUCAUUAAGACACCAUUAUUGGCAGAUCACCUAAGUCACACAUCACUAGCUGUGGUCAUUUUCAUCAGCCUGCGAAGGGAUUGAGGGUGUGAGGUAUUGGUCUCCAUUUAACUGUUUAUCAUAAGUGCUCGAUUUUCCUCACAGGUUGUCCAGGUACCAAAGCAGGGGUGCCAUC